GCGGCAAAUGGCGACAUACCUAACCUGCAGCUAAACGUCACACAAAUAUUCACCUCUUUUCUCUUAAGAGAAGAAUGACACGGCUGAGUUAUUUUAACGGCGUCGUCAGAUUCUUCCCGAAGACAACGACGUGCACAAUCUGAAGGACAGCAACAGUUGCCAUCACUAUCCCGCGACAAGCUUUGUGAAGUACUUAUUGCAAACAUAAUGUUACAUGGACGUCGUUACUGUUGAUGUGGUUGUUCCCAUAAGGAUGAUUUCACCUAAUGGGCAUACAAAGUUUCUGAUCGGGAUACGCCCUCGGCACAGAUUAUCAUAAGUGUUGAAAUCUGGCUCAACUGGCUUCACAUAUUUGACUUGUGUGACUCCAUUACGUUUAUGUGAGGGAUUUGUGUGAUUCUUUUGGAUUAGUGUUGGUCUUGGACCUCGGGAUUGCUAUAUUUGUUGCUCAACCUGGAGAGAAUCUUCGAACAGUUUUCAAGCUCGACGUUAUAACAGUGUUUAUUUCUGUGUCAAUAACACUGCACAUUACAAGUGUACAUAACAACUACUGCUUCCAUUUGCCGUUACAACACAAUCGACGAGAGAGGAUUCUGGUGCAAAUUUGUUGACAAUAAUUGCAACGUGCUUAAGAAAAAGGUCAAGGUCAACGGGGAGACGCCGAAAUGGAGAAGCCCCAGAUUGAAUCCAAAUCGUUUCCAGUUUUCGUAAUAGGAUCGUUUGUGGCCUAUGCUUUGUUGGUCACUGGCUUCUUCGUGCCGUACUGGAUUGGUAACGACACUUUAGGUGUCUACAAUGGCCUGUGGUUCGUGAGAAUAUGUACCCCGCAGGAUUGUCAGAAUCUGUGGUAUAUUAAUCACGCUGAUCGCAUACCGGAAGUCGAGCGAUGGGAUGUUGUACGUGCAUUUGAAACGUUGGCCGUGAUAGCUGGAGUCUUCUCCCUUGUGUUUGGCGUGCUGAUGAUAACGACGCGACAUAAAACGUCGACCAGUCGUCACGUGACACAAGGACUGUUCUUCGCGACGUCUCUGCUUGCAGGAUUAAUGGCGGUUGUCGGCGUCCUCGUCUUCAUCGCCACCAUCACGAGAACCGACAUGAUGUGGGCUCCGUCUCUCCCAGCUCUUGGGGGCCUGCUGUUCUUUAUGUGUGGAGUCUUCACCCUCGUCAUCUGUAGAUACGAUCCUCACGACACCCCUGACGGGACCCCCACUUAUGUCAUGGAGCAGACUUCAUUCUAACGUCGCCUUGGCGUUGUUGGACAGCAAAUUCGUUGUCAUGGCGACCCGUCGAUUUCAUUUCGAAUUCGUUCGGAAUGGGUCAGUGCGUGCUUGUUAUUAUGGAACAGUAAUGCUUUAUGUCAUUGUGCAUACUAAGCUAAAUGGGAAACACUAAUAUAUAAACUCUCAGGCUAAAUGGGUGUUUCACAAAAUAGGUCACUUAAUAACAGCUGCUUCCACCCAUGCGUUUUCGUAUACCGUACAUACUUCAUAAAACGACUGACCCGAGAAGAUCCGGGGUAGAAUAGGUCUUCAGCAACCUGGUAUGCUUGCCGUAAAAGGCGACUAACGGGAUCGGGUGGUUAGGCUCGCUGACUUGGAUGAUGCAUAUCAUCCGUCCCAAUUGCGUGGAUCGAUGCUCAUGAUGUCAAUCACUUGAUUGUCUGGUCCAGACUCGAUUAUUUUACAGAGCGCCGUCAUGUAGCUGGAAUAUUGCUGAGUGCGGCGUAAAACAACCAACCAACCAAUGAUUAAACGACUGCUGACACACUUCACUAACCCUGCUGACACGACGUAUAGAUGUCUUCAAGUCAGUAGUAUAAUUCAUGUGUUGUUUUUUUAUUUUACGGUAAAGUUAUCUUGGCCUAUAGGAAAUACAGUGAUACCUUAUUAACCCCAAGUCCUUGAGGCUAUAUAAAAUAUCGAGUUAUCCGUACAUCGAUACAACCAGAUACACCAUGGAUCCGAGACGUUUUGCAUGCUGUCAGUCUUUGUUAAAGUAUACGAGUCACGUUAAUCGUAAGGCUGCGAUCGCGUUGUGAACCGGGACACAUAUGUCUAGAUAAAAAAGUUCGAGUUAAGGAGGUUCGACUGUAGAUAUUUCUAAUGUACUGGCUGUGCGUAUGUAACCUAUUCCUAUUCACUCAGUGUAUCCUACUACCCUUAUAAUCAUUAUGUAAGCGUAAACAACGUGUUUUACAGCCUAUAUGGUAAACACGUCCAUUAUUAACGGAAUUUUGAGGUGACACCCACACACCACUACCAGACUGAAAGACGAUGGACCCCCCCUUAUUUCUUUUAAGGUUGUAUUUUCAACACUGGACAUUUUUUUAGAAAAUAUUUAAAAUAUGAAGUUGAUAAUAGUGAAGUUCGAAAAUGAUCUAGACUUAAUUUUUUUCAAUACAAUAAGUGGAUGACAACGAUGCAGAAGACAAGACUGUCCCUUUGUGUCGUGUAUGUUGUAGAAACAUCCAACCACCCCCGCAUACAUCUGCGGAAUACCACUACAUGGUCGUCUUUUCAUUCAGUUUAGUGCCAUGUACUAAGCAUACAGCCGUAUUCAAUUCAAACCAUAUGUUAUACGCACAUGUAUUUCAAUACAGAAAACUAUUUUCUCUUCUAAUAAAUUCAUGUAGUAUCCUG